AUGGAAGAGGAAGAAGCGAAGGAAGCGCAGUCCAUACACGCUUCCCAAGGAGACGACGAGAGCGUUGAUCUCGACCAUGUAGCGAAUGUUCAAGGGGAAGACGAACCCGCGUGCGCACUAAAUGACGGAGAAACGAAUAAGGAUUAUAACCCACCAGGGGUGAAGGAAAAUGAAGGAAAUGACCCAAACGAACCCCAGAAUGACGAGUGGCUAGUUUACGUAAACAACCAAUCAUAUGGACCCUACAAUUUAGAUCAGAUGAAAAAACUAUGGAGUGAAAAAAGAUUAAAUAUCAUGUCCGUAAUAUUUAAAAAGGGAGAUCAAAACUGGAAGUAUGUAUACAACGAUGAUAUAUUAAAAAGGUGCCUGCCGUUUAACACACCAAGUGGUGAUGGUACAACGGAGGGGUUCCAGGGGGGUGCCACUGCGAAGGAAUAUUCUGCGGUGAUGCACCAGGACACAAAUCGUGUCUCUAAUCUUGAAGCAAAUGCGUAUAAGGUAAGCGGCAAUCCCAGCACGUGUCCUGACGACAGCGAUGAGUGUGACCCCCACCAUGACAAUUACGCUCACCCACCAGACGGAACCACCGGGAUAAACCCUUUAGAACUAGAAAAAAUCAAAAAAAAAGAGAAAAAAAAAAAGUACCUAGAGAGAAAAAAAAAAAAAAUGGAAGAAGGCUUAUGCGAUAAAAAAGUGAAAAAUAGCUGCAUCUACAUAACCGGCUUACCUAGUGAUAUAACAAGGGACGAAAUACAUAAUGUGUUUAAAAAAGCGGGCAUUAUUAAAAUAGACGCCGAGACGACAGAACCGAAAAUCAAAAUAUACUACGACGAAAACAACCAAGUGAAAGGAGACGCAUUGGUUACAUAUGUAUACACACAGAGUGUUGACAUUGCCAUUAAAUAUUUUGAUAAUUUUUAUCUAAGACAGGAUUGCAUGAUUCGUGUAGAAAAGGCACAAUUCAACAAAAAAAAAGAAGCCUCCAAAGUUUCUAAGGAAGAAUUGCUAAUUAAAAAAAAAAAAAUCAAGGCAGCGAAAUAUGAGCAACUCAGGUUGCAGAAAUGGGAAGAUGGGUACACCGGAACGAAAAAAAAAAUCGUCAUUUUUAGGAACGUCUUUUCGUAUGAAGAUGCAGUGAAACACGAUGAGGGAGACCCCUUUUACGAUUUUAUAAAAGACCUGGUCGAAAUGGAACUAAAGAAGUACGUGCCCGUGCACAAGGUGUAUCCUAUACCGAAACACCCCAACGGAAUUGUCUGCGUCAAAUUCAAAGGAGUGGAAGAAGCCGAGAUGAUAAUAUCGUGCUUCAAGGACAUGGAGCUGAAUGGUAAAAAGCUGGAAGUGUAUUUUUACGAUGGAAAACAGGAUCUGAAGGCGCAGUGCUUACCUGCACAGAGUGCCAACAAGGCGCGUGCAGAAGACGCACCCGAAAAUGAAGAGCCAGAUAAGCUUACAGAGGAUAACCAACCGGCAUUUUUGCAACACAACAAUUUGCAGUCGUUUCAUGUAAGCAACGAAAAGACAAACAAAGAAAAGGAACAAGAUUGGAUUGAUAAUCAGAGUGAAGAUGAGGAACACGAAAUUAUGGUCGAAUAA